UCCUUGCAAAAAAUCAUAGUCCGAUUAGUCGGGUCGGGUCCAAUGGCGACAUUGCUUUGGCAAACAGGCAAAUAGAUGGUAAGGUGCAUUCGGUUUUUCUUCAGUUUUCCACUUCUCAGGCUGCUUCUCUCUAGUCCCUGGCGGUCGACGAGUUUGAGCGUCCCGGAGGUUGUCUCGGCUAUCUCUCUCGCUAUAUUAACCGAUGGAAAUUGGAGGCAAUUCUCUUCAAUCUGGACCUGAUGCAGUUAAGAGAAAGGUGUCAUAUUUCUAUGAUCCAGAAGUUGGUAAUUACUACUAUGGGCAAGGCCAUCCAAUGAAGCCACAUAGGAUUAGGAUGACCCAUGCUCUCCUUGCGCAUUAUGGAUUGCUUCAACAUAUGCAGGUCCUGAAGCCCUUUCCUGCUCGAGACAGGGAUCUUUGCCGGUUUCAUGCUGAUGAUUAUGUGGCCUUUCUGAGAAACAUAACUCCAGAAACACAGCAGGAUCAGAUAAGGCAACUAAAGAGGUUCAAUGUUGGAGAAGAUUGCCCUGUGUUUGAUGGCCUCUACUCCUUCUGUCAGACUUAUGCUGGUGGCUCAGUGGGUGGUGCUGUCAAGCUAAACCAUGGGCUUUGUGAUAUUGCUGUUAAUUGGGCUGGUGGGCUUCACCAUGCAAAGAAGUGUGAAGCUUCUGGAUUUUGUUAUGUUAAUGACAUUGUGCUGGCAAUUUUAGAACUUCUUAAACAGCAUGAGCGUGUUCUAUAUGUUGACAUCGACAUCCACCAUGGAGAUGGUGUCGAGGAGGCAUUUUAUACAACUGACAGGGUUAUGACUGUUUCAUUUCAUAAAUUUGGUGAUUACUUCCCUGGAACCGGAGAUAUACGUGAUAUUGGAUAUGGAAAAGGAAAAUACUACUCCCUAAAUGUCCCUCUAGAUGAUGGGAUUGAUGAUGAGAGUUACCAGUCCUUGUUCAAACCAAUAAUCGGCAAAGUGAUGGAAGUUUUUAGGCCUGGUGCUGUGGUUCUUCAGUGUGGUGCUGACUCUUUAUCUGGGGACAGGUUAGGCUGCUUCAAUCUUUCCAUCAGAGGUCAUGCAGAGUGUGUCAGAUAUAUGAGAUCAUUUAAUGUCCCACUGUUGCUGUUGGGUGGUGGUGGUUAUACCAUUCGGAAUGUUGCUCGCUGCUGGUGCUAUGAGACGGCGGUAGCACUUGGUAUAGAAAUUGAUGACAAAAUGCCACAGCAUGAAUAUUACGAGUAUUUUGGUCCAGAUUAUACUCUUCACGUUGCCCCUAGUAACAUGGAGAAUAAGAACUCCCGUCAGUUAUUGGAUGAAAUAAGAACAAAACUUCUUGAAAAUCUCUCAAAACUCCGGCAUGCACCCAGUGUCCAAUUUCAGGAACGACCACCUGAUACUGAGCUUCCUGAGGCAGAUGAAGAUCAAGAUGAUGGAGAUGAGCGAUGGGAUCCUGAUUCUGACAUGGAAGUUGAUGAUGAGCGAAAGCCUUUGUCAAACCGAGUGAGGAAAGACAUCAUUGAACCUGAACUGAAAGACAUGGAUGAUCAGAAAGUAGUUGCAGAACAUGACAAAGGUGUAGAUGCAACAGCAGAGGUCUCAUGUUCAAAGGCUCCAGAUGCAGCUUCUAUGUCGAUAGAUGAACCAAUCAGUGUGAAAGCCGAACAAGAAAGCUUGAAUAAGUCAUCUGAUCAUCCAGUUCAGAUGCACUCGACCAUACCUUGAGCAAACAUCGACUUCCACCAACACCAAUGCCAACUGUAUGGUUAUCUGUAUAUCUUAGUGGCUGCAUAUUUUUGGCAUAACCUUCAUUGUUUCUUUUGUGUAUUUAUAUUUUUGCAUGGGUGAGCUAGGAACUCAAAAUAUGAAUCCCUAAACCUGGUUCUUCUAGUUUGUUUCAGACAAGUACGUAGGUGUUCUGUAACAAGAAACCAUGUUUUGAAACUACUGAGAUGCACAGAACGAUGAGACAUGUUAAUUUAUUAAUGAAAAUAUCAUAGAAAUGCACAAUUAAAUGUCUCAUUAAUCGAUACUCUAACUUUGUUGGGUGUUGUGAUCCUUUAGUCUUAAUGCCUGUUAAGGCUUUUUUG